CUGUUACAGUCCAACUUUUAUACUGGAUCUCUUCUCCUUGGGGACGUGUCCAGAAAGUUCUCUGCUCAUGUGUCCUCCUGUGGCUAAGGGGUCACCCUCUGUCCUCUGCCUUCUGGUGGUCAUCAGAUGAAGGCCGCUAGUCUUCCUCAGGUGUCCUUUGGUCGACUUCUCCUUAUUUGGUGGUAAUGCCUGAAAUUCUAGAACUUAUGGUUUAUUGAGCAAGCACUUGUUAAGCAAGGGUAUUUUAAGCAAGCAUUUAUUAAGCAAGAAUAUACUUGUGACUGUAUGCGGUUUUGGUUACACGCAGUUUUAGGCCUAAGAAUUUUUUUCUUCCCUCUAUCUUUAACCCUUUAGUGAACAAAACAUGAACAGAACACACCAGGUUCCACCACACAUCCAUCCAUCCAUCCAUCCAUCCAUGGAUUCCAUCCAUCCAUCCAUCCAUCCAUCCAUCCAUCCAUCCAUCUGUCCGUCCAUCCAUCCAUCCAUCCAUCCAUCCAUCCAUCCAUCCAUCCAUCCCUGCUGCUGGAUUCUCUCCCCAAAUCCCACUAAUUGAUCUGCCCAGCCAGCAAAUUGAUUUAUGGCAAUUAGGGGCUCUCAUUAAGGGGCCAGCUGGAGAGCCAGGCCUUAUCCCCUGGGCUGCCCUCACCCUGUUUGGGCUUUGGGAGGGUUUCACUCCAUUGGUUUGGGUUUUCCCGUUCCCUUUCCCUUGCUGACAUUUGGGAUCAGCGAGUUCACCCGCGGCUCCCUUUUCUCCCCUCCUUUAUUUACAUUCGGGACCAGGAGCCUCCCUUCCCUUCCCGGAUCCCCUCCCACGUUCCUGGAAGGUCAGGCCGUGUCCCCACCUCCGUGUGGAUCCCGCCAUCCGCAUGGCCGGCCCGACCAGUUCGGACCAGUUCAGACCAGUUCCUUAUCAGCGCGUCCCAGCCAAACCCCCCGCGGCUGCUGGGGAUGUUCCGGGCCACGGGAAGGUGAUAAAUAAAUCCUGCGGGGCAGGGCGGGAUGGCCGUGCCUGGCACCAGCCCCGCAGGCCCUGGAGCGCCAUUCCCAGCGGGAAUGCCGGGGGAUAGGGGGGAGGAGAGGCUGGAGGCGCCGGGCUGGCUCGGGAGGGGAUGAAUUGGGUGGGCAGCGGCUUUGGGAGACCCUCUGAGCCGCGUCCCCGCGGCUGCAGUGCCGGGAGGUGACAGACGGACAAACGGACGCGCUGCGAGGUGACAGCGGCUCCUCCGGCAUGGCAGCAAAGCGGAUCCCGCAGCUCCUGGGCCCCUCGGGCAGGAUGUUCCCCCCGCCGGGCUGCAGGAGGAGCUUCCCCAGGGAGCCCGCCCCGUGGUGGGAUGGACCGUGGCCAGGUCACCCUGGUGGCCCCGAGGACGCCUGGGAUGGGCCACCCUGGGAUGGGCCACCCUGGGAGGAGCAGCCCAGGAGACGCCGGCGCAGGAGGUGCCCACCCAGCUCCAGAACCUUCCCUGGGCCUGGGGACGGCCCCUGGAACGAGGAGGAGGGGGACAGGAGGUGGGCACCCCCCGGGUGUCCCCUGCCACCCCCCUGGGGUGACAGAGAAGCCGUCCCAGGAGCCGAGGAUGACUUUGGAGAGUGCUGGUACCGGGAUCCCCCGCCUGACCCCUGGCCCGAGUACCCCGAGGAGGAGCAGCCCCAGCCCUGGUCCCCCUCCGGCUCUCCAGGGAAUCCCGGGAAUUUCCACCAGCACCGCCCGCCCUGGAGCCACCGCCCGCGGCAGAGCCACCCCCGGCUGCUGAUCCCGGUGCCCCGGGCGUGGUGCCCGCGACCCUCCCGAGGGCUCAAACCGCGCUCCAAGCCCUCCUGUCCUGCCCCCUCCAGGAGGAGCCAGCCCGCGGCCAGGAAGGAGCCGGAGCCUCCCCAGCCCCCUGCUCCUCCCCGAGGAGCCGCAGAGAGGCCGGAACAGCCGCAGGAUGUGCCAGUGGGGACUGGGAAUGUUCUGGAGCCCCCCAGUCCAGCCAGGAGCCCUCGGGAGAGCCCAGCUGCUGAUCCUGGUGCUGCAGAGCCGCAGGUGGAGCUGGAAGCUGAGCAGAUCCCUGAGGGCAGCCAGGAUCGGGAUCCCUGUGCUCCAGGAACAGAUCCAGCCCCUCCAGAGGAGACCUCCAGGCACGCUGAGGUCCAGGAGCACCUUGAGGUGGAGCCCUGCAGUGUCCCCAAGGCUGGCAGCAGCCACGGGUCACAUCCCCAGAGCCCAGCAGCCCCUGCAGAGCCUGCCAAGAGGGAACUCCUGGAAUCCAGCUGCUCUGGAGGGGCUGAGCUCAGCCCACAUUCCUGGGAACAGCUGCCCUGUGGAGCUGGAGAAGCUGAGGCAGAAGCUGCCCAGGGUGGGAGCCUUCAGCCUCCUGAGCACCCCCAGCUCCCUCCAGGACCCUCAGCAGAAGCCGAAGCCCAGCCCAGCCAAGCUUCUCCUGCUGCCUGCACCCCCCCAGAGACCUCCCCAGGACCCCAGCACCCACCUGGGGCUGCUGACACCACUCUGGCUGUGUGUGGCCAGCAGCAGCUCUGCCCAGAGCUCCCCACGCCCUUCCCAGCUGGCAUCGACUCCCGCUCUGCUGCUGUCCUCAGAAGGAAGGCAAAGAUCGAGCUGUCGUACCAGCAGUUCAGCCUGAGCGUUGCCGUGGUGGCCACGAUGCUGCUGCAGAAGGAGCCCUCGAUGGAGGCGGCGCUGGGGCUGGCACUCAGGGCCAACCUGCGCCAGGGCCGCCUGCACCACCUGCAGCAGCUGGAGGAGUUCAUCGACAGCCUGGACUCCGUGGGCUCCUCCAGCCUCUGAGGGCAGCCAGCCCCUCCUGCCAGGGGGGUGGGGGCUGUGACAGCGCUGUGACAGCGCUGUGACAGCGCUCUGGGGUGCUCGGGAGGGGGCUGAGCCUGUGGGAUGUCAGGUGGGAGAUGCUGGCAGCCCCACUCCGUCUCUGCGAGGAGGAGGGUGAGCAGGAGGAGUUUGGUUUUAGCCCUGCCCAAAGCCCUGAGGGCAGCAGAAGUAUGACUGGUUUUACUGGAGGGAGGGCAGCAGUCCCUGUGCUCCAUUCCUCAUGGCCAGGAAUGUGUCCCCAAACCCCAGCGAGUGUUUUUUGGGUUUAAAUCUGCAAAUAAACCGUGUCCUUUUUGCA